AACUUCAUCUGUUUACCUUAGAAUUAAUAAGUGAGCACAAAGAAAUCAAUCUGGUUUACACUAACUCCCAAAACCAUUAUUGUAUAUUGGACGCAUACAGGUAUAUUCAGCCGUUGCGCUACCUUUCACGUAUCACCACCUACCAACGAACCAAUGGCCUCCAGUUCAGAGUCAGAAAAUGGCACAAGCCAAGAAGUUGUCCAUAAAGAUGCACCAAAAGUUAGCAGACGGCAAAAGUUUGUUUCUGUAUCAUCAACUACAUGGGGAUUACCAGAACCGGUUCUUCGCGUCGGUAAUCGAACUAUAUUUACACAUGGACGUCCACCAUGGUAUAAUGUUGAAGGACAAACUCAACAACCAUUUGUAAUUGGUAUAUGUGGUGGAAGUGCUAGCGGUAAAACUUCGGUUGCACGUGCAAUCAUUGAAAGUUUGGAUGUACAAUGGGUCAGUUUGUUAAGUAUGGAUUCAUAUUAUAAGGUUCUCAAUGCAGAACAAAAGCUUCAAGCCUCUGCAUGUAAAUACAACUUUGAUCAUCCAAAUGCAUUUGAUUUCGAUCUACUUGAAGCUCAUCUACGGAGAUUAAGAGAAGGCAAAACGAUUGAAGUGCCCGAAUAUGAUUUUAAAACACACUCACGUUCUUCAAAAACGAAUACAGUUUAUGGGGCUAAUAUAAUCAUUAUUGAGGGAAUAUUGGCGUUCUAUUCACAAGGAGUGACUAAGUUGAUGGAUUUGAAGGUGUUUGUUGAUACUGACGCUGAUGAACGCCUAGCUCGUCGUCUUCGUCGUGAUAUCACUGAACGUGGACGGGAGUUGAAUGAUGUCCUUGUACAAUAUUCACGUUUUGUUAAACCAUCUUAUGAACAAUUUAUUGCUCCAAGCAUGGCUCAAGCAGAUAUUAUUAUACCAAGAGGUGGCCAGAAUAUUGUCGCUCUACAACUGAUUGUUCAACACAUCAAUAAACGUUUAAAACAGUGUGGACUAUGCUCUCGACAUGAAUUAGCCAAAUUUCCGCCUGGACAAAUGAAUGGUAUAGUGUCAUCAGCGGAUUCCAAUGGUGGUACACAUUGGGAAGGUCAUUCCAAGGAUACAAAAGAUGGUGAUGUUGAUAAUGAUAAUGGUAUACACGAUUGUCGUCGUCUUCGUAACAGUAGUAGACAAUACCUUAAUAAUAGUAGUCUAUCUGAUAAAAUAUGUCUUCCACCACAAUUACACGUCCUGCCGACUACACCUCAACGACUUGGCUUGCAUACAUUAAUACGUGAUCGAAAUACAGAUCAAGAUGCAUUUGUCUUUUAUUCUGAACGGUUAAUGCGACCUCUAUGUGAAGCUGCAAUGGAUUUACUUCCACAUAUGGAUGUAGAUAUUGAAACUCCUCAGGGUAUUACUUAUCGUGGUCGACAGUUAGCUACAGGUACUCAGGUAUGCGGUGUAUCCAUUCUGAGAGCUGGUGAAGCCCUGGAACCAGCAUUAUGCGCUGUAUAUAAAGAUGUUCGUUUGGGUAAAAUUUUGAUACAAACUAAUCCUGACACCGGUGAACCAGAACUACACUAUAUUCGUCUACCUCGAGAUAUAAAGGACUGUUUUGUUAUCCUGAUGGAUGCUACUGUGGCCACUGGGGCUGCUGCAAUUAUGGCUAUGCGUAUUUUAGUUGAACAUGAUGUCCCAGAAGAUAGAAUCAUUCUUAUUUCAUUGAUAAUGGCUACUCAAGGUGUACAUUCUGUUGCUUAUACAUAUCCAAAGGCGCAUAUUGUUACUACAGCUGUUGAUCCUGGUCUGAAUGAAAGUUAUCAUAUUAUACCGGGUGUUGGAAAUUUCGGUGAUCGAUAUUUUGGUACUACACUGGAUUGUCUCCCAGAAACUAGAUUUUUAUUUGCUUGUCACUCCUCAAACCGACUAAUACUACCUAGUCCUGUAGUGUUUUAA